UGUUAAUGUUUGCAGUUACACGUGCUUGUAUUUUCCUGUAAAAUGUAAAAAUUGGCCAACACCUUUAAGCCUAAAUUGUUUUGAAUGCAAGUACAUUUUCCGGUUGAUGGUGUCUGACGUGUCCCAGUAGCUUUCUCUUAAAGGAUAUAGUUUACGAGUAAGAACUUUAACGUUAGCAGUGUUCAUUUAGUUAGCCUUGCUACCUAACCUUAGCGAACUACCGCGUUCAAGCUACAAUACUCAAGAGCAAACUGUCUAGCUCUUUGAUCUUUGUUACAAGAUUGCAAUGUUUAUUCUUAAUUGCAUUAUGUAAGGACUUAAACGGUGAAGUUGCCGCAUGUUUAAUUUUCAUCACCUUGUUUUUUUCCUGAUACAUCGGAUUUUUCCAACACCCUCCAGGUUGAAAUCCACUGUAUGUUGGUAAAUCAUGGGAGCCUACUUGUCGCAACCCAACACAGUGAAGUCCUCUUCCAAUGGGGGAAACGAAAAGAUGAGCUAUGGCUUUGCGGCUAUGCAGGGCUGGCGUGUCUCUAUGGAGGAUGCUCACAACUGCAUUCCAGAAUUGGAUGAGGAAACGGCUAUGUUUGCUGUGUAUGAUGGACAUGGAGGUGAGGAAGUGGCUUUGUACUGUUCCAAGUACCUACCUGAUAUCAUUAAGGAACAGAAGGCCUACAAAGAUGGCAAACUACAAAAGGCGUUGGAGGAUGCGUUCCUGGCCAUUGAUAGCAGGAUGACAUCAGAGGACGUGAUCAAAGAGCUUGUUCAAAUAGCUGGGCGCACACAAGAGGAAGCUCCAAAUGAAAAAGUAGCUGAAGAAGAUGAUUUGGACAAUGAGGAGGCAGCACUUUUGCACGAAGAGGCCACCAUGACCAUUGAAGAGCUGCUGGUCCGCUAUGGACAGAACCUCAAUGCGCUCAAAAACAAAAAGCUCUGUCCAGAGGGCAAAAAAGAGUCUGGGGAUGGUGAACCACCUUCCCACAGUGAGAAGGGCAUCAACGGGGAAGUGGACAGUGAGAUGGACACUAAGGCGAAGUCCAAGGAUGAAGGGGCUAGUGUGGCUGGAAGUGCGGCUGCUGGGGCAGGACUUUCCAAGCUGCGAGCCUGCAGGAGGGCAGGGGGGGACAGCUCUUCUGCGUCGGGAGCAGCCGGGUCCUGUGAAGGAGAGAAGGAUGCCGGCCCCUCCUGCUCCUCCUCGGCAGCUCCGGUCCCGGGAGACACCAGUUCCAAGUUCUUUGAGGACAGCGAUGAGUCGGGAGAAGAGGAAGAUGAAGAGGGCAGUGAGGAAGAGGAGGAUGGCAGUGAGGAAGAGGAAGGCGAAAGCAGUGAUAAUGAGGAGGAAGAAGACACCGAAGAGGGGGAAGACUCCGAUGAGGAGGAAGAGGAGAUGUGCUUACCCGGAAUGGAUGGUAAAGAAGAGCCUGGAUCAGACAGUGGCACUACUGCGGUGGUGGCUCUGAUCAGAGGUAAACAGUUGAUUGUGGCUAAUGCCGGGGACUCCCGCUGUGUGGUGUCGGAGAAGGGCAAGGCUAUAGACAUGUCCUACGACCACAAGCCUGAGGAUGAGCUGGAACUGGCCAGGAUAAAGAAUGCAGGGGGAAAGGUCACCAUGGAUGGUCGUGUCAAUGGAGGACUUAACCUUUCCAGGGCCAUUGGUGAUCACUUUUACAAACGAAACAAGGCCCUUGGGCCCGAGGAGCAGAUGAUCUCCUCAAUGCCUGACGUCAAAGUGCUCACCUUAAACCCCGAGCACGAUUUCAUGGUCAUCGCAUGUGACGGAAUAUGGAAUGUCAUGAGCAGCCAGGAGGUUGUGGACUUUGUCAGUCAGCGAAUAAAGCCUAAUGCCAGUGGGGCUGUCAGGACCCUGUCCUCUAUCGUUGAAGAGCUACUCGACCACUGCCUGGCACCUGACACGUCUGGAGAUGGCACAGGCUGUGACAACAUGACCUGCAUCAUCAUCACGUUUGGCGCUCACCUUGGCAGUGGGGACGAUGGCACUAAGAAGAGGAAGCCAGAAGAGGUGGACUCAGAAAAGAACGGGAAUGACUGCAAAAAGGCCAAAAGCGAAUAGAACUGCCAACCAGUACAAUGGCUCCAGUCCUUUUCACAAGUCAGAACUUUUCCAUCUCUGAAAACUUUUUAAAGGCAUUGGUCUCUGGGAUAUGAUGAGUUUUAGUUUAAUGUCCCAAGACAGAAGAGAAAGUAUAAAUGUAAAACAGCCAUUUUUCUUUUUGUAAUUAUUGAUUUUGCUUAACUCCCCUUUGGAAACAUGUCCUGUGAAUCCUAGUGAACUGUUUUUGUAACCCAUGCCCUUCUUUAUGUAUAUAGUUUUCAAUACUUGAUUGAAGAAAUGCAUUUUCUUUGUAAUUGUGGAUCAAUGUGACAAUUGGUGCAUAUCUUUUUGAAACCAGUAUGUAAUUACAUACAAAUACAUUUUUUAAAAAUAA